AUGAAUGGCCAUCUUCUGGAUCCUCUUGUGCUCACGAAGGACUUCGAGGACUCGCUGCACCGAUACGGUGCAUCGAACGAGCGCCUCGAGCAGCUGUUGCAGGAGGAGAAGGAGGUGCUGGAGAGCGCGACACCGGAGGACGUACUGGCCGGGCUGCGGCCCAUGGUGCUCCAGGGCAUGAUGGUACUUUCUAGCUACCACCGCCUAGACCAAGACAGUUGGUACACUGCCGUGUCCGUACUCGACUCCUACCUGGCCAAAGCGGGAGAACUUGAUGUCAGCAAGCUUCCGCUGACCUGCGUCGCAGUGGUGAGGUUGGUGAAGAAGUUCCACGGCAACGUCGCCGACCAAUUCGGCUCCACCUCUGCUCAGUGGCUCGAUGGAGCACGGCAGCUGGCCAAAGCGAUGCAAGAUCAAGGCCACCAAAUGGAGAGCCUGGAGUUUACCGAAAUCAUGCUCAGCCAACAUGAGAUUGACAUUCUCGAGGUCUUGCAGUGGCAGAUCGACGCGCCGCUCCUGCAGCAGUGGCUCUCCACGUACUGUCAGCGCUUCAAUAUCUUAACCGAUCACAAGCACGAGACGGCCGUUUCUUGGGUCAAGACCCGGGCCAUGUACUUCGCUCGCCUGCUCCUUUUCGUGGAGGCCAGCUCUUCCCGGAGCCCACCUCGCGAGUUCGCCCUCGGCUUGUUCUGCCUCGGCCUGGUGUGGAGCCAGCUGCUUCCUGCAGACUGUCUUCGUCCAGAGAAGGUCCCCUCAGCCUACUGGGUCGCCGGCUUUCAGGAGCUCAGCCAGCGCCACCGGGUGCAGACGAUGCCGCCGCUAUUCGGCGCAUCCUUCUACCCGCUGAUUCAGGCGACCACGGCUUCCAGCAGCUGUGAGCUGCAGGAGGCCACCCACCGGGCUCUUGUCAAAAUUUUGGUCCUGGGUGCCCAGCAUCCAGCUUUAUUGAUGCUAGCAGUUGCAUAG